AUGGGAAGAAGAGAAUGGUACAAGAAGACGACGAUGCUGCUUGUGCUGCUUCUAAUUACCAUUACCAUAACAAAGGUGCAAGAAGUAAUUGCGGCAUUAGAAUGUAAUGGGACAAGCAGCAGCAUAGGUGGUUGUCUUCCAGAUGUUGAUGAAUUCCUGAUGGAAUCAGAAACAAGCACUAGGAUUCUUGCUGGUAAUGCUAGACCAACACAAAAGCUAACUUUUCAGGCGACGGGGAGCAGACCACAGAUAUGUAAUGAAAAAAUUUACGGUAAUUGCAUCAAUAAUCGGAACGUUAAGGCAACCCGCUGCAACUAUGGUACCCGCUGCAAUCGUGAAAUCUCCAAGGGCAUCAACUAG